AUGCAGGAACAUAUAAAGAACAUUAAUACUAAAAAGGUUGAAGAAAGUAAAAAUGAAGGAAAUGAAUUAUUUAAAAAUAAAAAAUAUAAGGAAGCAUUGAAUAUUUAUCUUGAUAUUACUUCAUAUAUUUGUUCUGGAUUGCAUGAUUCAUCAGAAAUUGCAAAAGUUGUUAAAUUUUUUAAAGAAGAAUAUUCAAAAGAAAUAAAUAAUUCAAAGGAAGAAAAUGAAAACGAAAAUAAUUGGAUUUCUAAUUUGCAUAAUAUCAAAAAUAAUUUGGUAAAAGUAUGUCAUAAUAUAUCAUUAUGUUAUUAUUUUUUGGAAAAUUUUGAGAAGUCAAUUGAAUAUUGUUUUUAUAUUAAUGAAAUGGAAAAAAAUCAUUUCAAAAGUUAUCACACUUUAGGUUUAUGUUUUGAAAAAUUAAAAGAUUAUAAAAAAAGUUUAAAUUAUUUUGAAAGGUGCAAAGUUUUACUUCUAAAAGAAAAGUUAAAUGAAAAUAGUAAAAAAGAAAUUGACAAAAUUAAUGAAAAACUAAAAUAUAUUUUGAAUAUUAUAGAUAAAAACAAAAACUCUGAAACUACAACAAUGGAUUACAUAAAAAAAACAAUUACGGAUGAAAACAAUAAUGAAGAGGAAAAAAUAAAAAUGCUCCAUUGUAUUUACAAUCAAAAACUUUACAUUAUUCUUAAAGAAGGAGUAUUUAAAUUUUUAUUUGAUGUUAUAAAUAAAAAUAAUAGUGUCCAAAUAGAGAAAAUGUGUUUGUAUGCUAUUUAUAAAAUAAUUUCGAAGAUGGAAAUAGAAAGCAUAAAAAUAGAAAAGGAUAAAGAUGAAAAUUGUAAAAAUAGAAAAAUAUGCAUUAAUAAAUUAGAUAAUUUAACAUUUCAGUUUUAUUAUGAUAUAGAUUUUAUAAGAAUACUAAUAUCCUUCAAUGAAUCAUUUGAUGAGAAUUGGAUAAAUAAUUAUAUAAAAAAUAAAACUAAAAAAUUAGAAAGUUUAAAAUUUACAAAAGAUGAAUUUAUUUAUAAAUCAACAGUAGAUAUGUUGGUGUAUAUGAUAAAUAUAAUAAAAUAUAUUUAUGUGAUAAAUAAUGAAAAUAUUUUAAAAAUAAUUAAUUCGUAUUAUUUAAAUAAUGAUAACCAUGAAUUGUCGAAUAAUGGAAUAAAUUCAGUAAUAUUCUUAUGCAAUAAAAAGAAAAAUUUAACACUGAGUAAUGAUAAAAAAAGAAGAACAAUUUUUUUGGAAAAAUUAGAAAAAAAUAGUGUAGAUAUAAAAAAUUCCAUAAUUGAAUUUCACUUCUGCGAUUCAUAUAAAUAUCCUGUUUGCGUUAAUACAGAAAUAAAAAAAAUAAUUCAAAAUUCCAUUAGUAUGUAUGAAAACUUUUCUAAUGAUGUAGAAUACUGCUUAAUUUUAUUACUAACCUUACUUAAUGACAAAAAUAGGCCUAGUGAAAAGGAUACUGAAAUGAAUAAUUUGAUAUAUGAAAGUAUUGAUUUAUAUUUUGAUAUAAAAGAAAUAUCUUUAGAAUGGUGUGUAUGUGUUAAAUGCCUUUUCUUGGUAGAUAAAGAUAUUGUAUUAAAUUAUUUAAUAGGAAAAACGGAAUAUAUGUUUCAAAUUUUAAAUUUUAUUAACAAUUCAAUAGGAAGAAAACCAAAAUAUCAAUUAUCUCUUUACAUUGAUGUUUUAUUGUUAUUAUUAAAUAUACCGGAAUUGAGAUUUAUGUUAAAUAAUUAUAUCGACUUAUAUAUAAAUAUUCUUAAAACAUUAAAUUAUGAUGAAAAUUUUUUAAAAUUAUUAGUUGGAUCUUUUAAAUUGUACAUGCAUAAUAAAGAUUUCAAAGAAGAAGUUAUAAAAAAUAUAGAUUUAUUUUUUUAUUCUAAGGAAAUGUUAAAAAAAUUUCUUUUAAACUACGAUAAAGAAAUUACUGGCAUUUAUACAAAUCAUAGUGGCGAAGCUGAAAAUAAUUAUUUAACUAAAAGAGAAUAUUCAGAUUUAACAGGAAUAAGUAAAAUCUUAAAUGAAAACAAUUACCAAAUUUGUCUUGAAAAAAAAAUAGAAGAAGAUACUUUAACAAAAGAUAAAAAUUUAGAUAAAAACAGUGUAAUAAAAAAGAAGGAAAAGGAAAAAGGUAAAAAAAAUUGCGAGCUUGUAUAUAAAAACCAAAAAAAUGAUAAUAUAGGCUAUGAAAGAAUGUUAAAAGAUAUAAUAGAAAUGUUAUUUUAUUUGAGUUUGCACAUAGAAUUUAAAAAGCAAUUAUUAGAAGAGAAAAAUAAUUAUAUCUUAUUUGCUUUAAUAAGAAUAGGAGACCAUAUAAAUAAAAAGAAGUUAGAUAACACAUAUAAGUAUAUAUACUGUAAUACAAUAAAUAACUUAAUUUUAACAAGAUCAGAUGAGAAAAUGAGAAGAAGAGAAAUUAAUAAAGCUAAUUUAUCUAAUUUUGAUAGUGAACAAAUAGAAGCGUUAGAACAAUUCUACGAUAAAUUACCUAAUGCGGCUAGACCCAAAACGGAUCCAUUAUAUGAUUAUGGGGAUGAUGAAACUAGUAAUAAACUAAUUACUUUAUUAUUAUAUAAUGAGAAAUAUCAAAACAAUACUACUGAAAAAGGUUGUUUAGCUUUACCAAAAGUUACCUAUAAAAAUGGAACAAUUAUUAAUACUAUUUAUAAUUUUAUUAAUAGUAACUUUUUUACAGUAAAUAUUGCUGAGUCAGUUUGUGAUAUCAUUUCCAAGUUUGUAAGAGAUACUAAUAAUAUAGGUAUAGUACUUGUUAAUAAUGGGUUAAAGGCAUUAAUGUUAGCUUCAAAGCAUAUUACUAAUAAAAAAAGUUGUAUAUAUGCAUUAAGUGAAAUAUUUAUAUAUACAAACCCAAAAUUAAUUCAUUUUUAUGAAGCAUAUGAUUCUUUGCCUUUACUAAUUGAUCAACUAAAUCAAGACGACGAAUUGUUAGUAUUUAAAAUUCUAAUGGCUAUAACUAAUAUAUUAACUAUUGACGAAAAUAUAGCAAUAAAAGCUAUUCAAUUAAAUUUAUGGAAUAAAUGUUUUGAUAUUUUAUCAUCAGAAAAUGAUUGCUUAAGAUCAGCUAGCUUAGAAUGCAUAUGUAAUUUGUGUGCACAAUCUUAUGUUCAUCAGUAUGUUUACGAUAAAUAUCAAAAACUUGCUAAAGGAAAUGAAGAAAACCAAGAAAUAAAUUUUGUUGACAUACAAAUAAUUUAUUCUUUUACUUUAGAAUUUGAAAAUUAUAAAGCUGUUUUUGCUGCAACAGGAGCUCUAGGUAUGUUAUCAUCUGACUUACGUUUACCAUUUUAUUUAAUUCGAACAAAAAGUUUUAAUCAUAUUUUUUCCUCUUUUCAAAAAACAAAUAAUCAAGGCAUUCUACUACGUAUAUUAACUUUUUUUAAUAAUAUAAUAUUAAGUGAAAAUAUUCCUGAUGAUAUAGUAAGAAAAAUAAGGGAAAACGUUAAUAAAAAAGAAGGUUUAGAUGAAGAAAAUAAGCAAAUUGCCAAUUUUAUUCUUCAAUAA